CCACCAUCAUCAUCGUCACCAACGGCGUAAAGCACUCGUUGAAGCAGCGUAACGAGCUCAAUCACACGACUAUACCGACACGGCCAACAAGCUACCGAGCUAUAUAAACAGACUAUACAGAACAGAGAAGAUGGCACCGGCUUCUACGACGACGACCUCGACCCAGUCGAAUGGAGUCGUCAAGACCGAACAGAAGGGCUCCGGUGGAGACGUGCAUCUGACUUCUGCGGAUGUGAUUCAGUUGGAGCAUGAGUACGGCGCGCACAACUACCAUCCAAUUCCGGUCGUGUUCGACCGUGGCCUCGGAGCGAAGGUAUGGGAUCCGGAGGGCAAGGAGUACAUCGACAUGUUGGCCGCGUAUUCUGCCGUUAACCAGGGCCACUGCCACCCCGCAAUAGUCUCCACUCUAAUCACCCAAUCCCAAAAACUAACCCUCUCCUCCCGCGCAUUCUACAACUCCCUCUUCGGCUCCUUUGCAAAGACCGUCACCCAGCUCUUCGGGUACGAGAUGGUCCUGCCGAUGAACACCGGGGCGGAAGCCGUCGAGACCGCGCUCAAGUUGGCGAGGAAGUGGGGGUACGAGAAGAAGGGGAUCAAGGAGGGCAGGGCGAGGGUGUUGAGUGUGGAGGGCAAUUUUCAUGGGAGGACGUUGGGUGUUAUUUCCAUGUCCACCGACCCCGAAUCCCGCACAAACUUCGGGCCCUUCCUGUCGCACGUAGGACCCACCUACGUCGACCCUUCAUCAUCCGAACCCGAAGGGUUGAAGACGAUCCGGUACGGCGUCAUUGGGGAUCUGGAGAGGGCGUUGGAGUUGGAGGGGAAGGAUGUGGCGGCAGUGUUGAUGGAGCCUAUUCAAGGGGAGGCGGGGAUUGUUGUCCCGCCGGCAGGAUACUUGCAGAGAGUGAGGGAGCUUUGUACGAGACAUAACGUCUUGUUUAUCUGUGACGAGAUCCAGACGGGCCUCGGAAGGACGGGGAAGAUGCUCGCGAUCGAACAUGAGGGUGUGCGUCCGGAUAUCGUUUUGUUGGGCAAAGCGCUUUCUGGUGGAGUCUAUCCAGUCUCCGCCGUCCUAGCCGACAAACACAUCAUGCUCUGCAUCCGCCCCGGAGAACACGGUUCCACCUACGGCGGUAACCCCCUCGGCUGCGCCGUCGCCAUCACCGCGCUCGACGUCAUCCGCUCCGAGAACCUCUGCGAAAAAUCAACCAAACUCGGAGAGCUCUUCCGCACCAAGUUGCGUGAGUUCGCCUCGUCAAAGGAAGCGAGAGAGGCGGGAGGAUUGGUGAAGGAGGUGAGGGGGAGGGGACUGUUUAAUGCGGUUGUGUUGGAUGAGGGGAAGAGUAGGAAGGGGAGGACGGCGUGGCAGUUUUGUUUGUUGUUGAAGAGUAGGGGGGUGCUUGCGAAGCCGACGCAUAGGAAUAUCAUCCGUUUCUCGCCCCCGCUCGUCAUUUCUGAGCAGGACCUAUUGAAGGCGAUCGAAGUUAUCAAGCAGUCGUUGAUCGAUUUGGAUCAGCUCGACGAUAUCCCGGGCGAAGUGGAGAGCGAGAAGGGGUUCCAGGACGAGAUCAGCAACUAAGUCAAUUCGAAGAAGUCCGAACGAACGCUGGCAUCCAGUCCGUUGCUGUAUAAUCUAAGGGAGAUGGGUGAAGGGGAUGAAGACUGUAAGUACGAUGAAAAGAAAGGGGGUGAAGUGAAGGGAAAGUCCAGGGGAGAAGUAAUGCAAGCAGAGACAGUCAGAACGCUAUCGGAAGAUGCAGACCGAAAUUUUGUAGCCAUAUCUACAGACGUAUCUACGGAGCCCACAAGCUAUUUACUCUAGAGUGUACAUAGCGGAGAGCCAUGCUUUCGAGGGUCUUGGAAGUGGUACAGUACAUAGUAAUGUAGCAUCCAGUCGUUGUUGGACAUUCUAACGCGCAUUUCAUGUUAGGCUGGGGAUGUUGUUUCGACGCAUUUCGUGAGAUUGUCGUCAGGGUGGGUAUCUCUAGACUUUGGUGCUAUUCUGCAAAGGACUCGAACGGUUGUCGCAGAGGGGGCGAGUUGGGCUGCAUGUAUCACGAGCUGUCGC